CUCAUGUUUCGCAUGCAGGAUUUAUGCAUGAGUUUAUUUUAUUGGUUAUAAAAUGUUGUAAACUAAAUUAAAAUAUAUUGUAAAUAUGCCGAAAAAAGCAUUAUUUGAUGAAGACUCCGAAGAGGAAGUUACACUUAAGACUGAGAAUGAAUACGCUAAGAAAUAUGACUCGUGGCGUCAAAAAGAGGAACUUCACAAACUGGAGCAGAAGUACGGCGCCAACGCGUUGAAUUCUGACGCUUCACUGUCUUCCGACAGCGAGGACGACAGUGACGAACCGCCUGAAGUAUCUGAAGAAACGGAAACACAAUUCCUGAAAACACUAGCAUUAUUGAAAACAAAGGAUCCAAGGAUUUAUGAUCCUAACUUCAAAUUUUUCGAGAAUGAAAAGAAAGAGGAAGAAAAGAAGCCAGAGGUGAAAACUUUAAGUUUUGCAGACAGCGACGACGAUGAUGACGAUGAUGGAAAUAUAUUUAAAGUGGAGAAGGCGGCUGAAGUCAAAUCAACUGAGAAACCUGCUAAAACGGAUAUUAAGACAGAAAAAAUAAAAGAUUUCCUCACAGGUAAGGCUGAGCAUAUCAAUAAUCCGGUAGAAAGAGAUCUAGCUCCUCUAAAGGCAUUGUGGUCUGACCCAAAAUUGAAUGAGGGGGAAGCAUUCCUUAGAGACUACAUCCUGAAUAAAAAGUACCUAGAAGAUGGGGAUGCUGGCGAGGCAGGAGACAAGAUUCGUGACGACGCAGACCUGGAAGCUGAUGAGGCCAUUGUGGAGGAACAGGGCAAGUUUGAGAGAGCUUAUAACUUCCGCUUUGAAGAACCAGAUGAAGAAUACUUGAAGAGAUUUCCUCGUACCAUGAACUACAUCAGGCCUAAAGAUGACCGCCGUGCCAGAAAGAGGGCUGAAAUCAGAGAGAGGAAGGAAGAGGAAAAAAAGAAGAAGAUGGAUGAAAUUGCAAGAAUGAAAGCUCUCAAGCUGAAAGAGAUUCAAGAAAAAAUUGCCAAAAUCAAAGAGGUAACUGGGAACCAGGAUUUAGCUUUUCGAGAAGAAGACAUGGAAAGUGACUUUGAUCCUAAUGAGCAUGACAGAAGAAUGAAGGAGAUCUUUGAUGAGGAAUAUUACGGUGAAGUGGACAAUGAGAAGCCUGUGUUCCCAGACCUGGAUGAAGAGUUAGAGAUAGAAAAUUGGGAGAAGUUUGAAGAAGAGGAGACAGCUGAAAAUGAGCCCCAUUGUGAAGAUGAUGAAUUUAACAUGGAUGCAGAUUACGACCCAAAGCAAGCCCGUUUAAACCUAUUAGAAGAACUACAGCAAAAUAUGACCAAGAAACGGAGGAACCGUAAGAAAAAAUCCAAGUUGGCAGAGUUGUUGACAACUGAAAAGCCAAAGUUUGUGCCGACAGUGGCAGACAAGUCUUACUCCCAAUAUAUGGAGGAGUAUUACAAGAUGGACUGCGAGGAUGUCAUCGGGGGAGACUUGCCCACCAGGUUCAAGUACAGAGAGGUGGUGCCUAAUGACUAUGGGCUGACUAUUGAGGAGAUCUUGCUAGCAGAUGACAAGGAGCUCACCCAGUGGGUGCCGCUGAAGAAGAUUGUGAGGCAUCAACCGGUGAAUGUGGAGAAGGGAGAGGUCAAAGUGUACCGGCAGAAGGCGGCUGAUGAACGCCUCAAGAAGAAAGUUCUGCCAAGCUUGUUCAAGGAUCUGCCUGAGGAACCUGAAAUAGUUGUUCCUCUUGAAGCAGCUAAGAAAAAGAAGAAGAAGAAGAAAAAGAACAAAAAUAAAGAAGGAAAUAAUACAAACAAUGACAGUCAAGAAGAAAUAGAACACAAUGAUCUUAAUACUAGUGAUCCUGGCACUUUACCCACUGAAAGCAGCAAAAAGAAGAAAAAACACAAACAUGUGGAGGAAAAUCUAGAAACGGAAAAUAAUUCUAGUGACAUAGCAAAUGAUGAUGUAGUUCCCAUAAUUAAGAAAAAGAAAAAUAAAAGCAAUUUAAUCAAUGAUUUACAAGACAGUGAACCUAAUCAGGAUGAAUCUAAUAUUAAUAUUGUAACUGAACAAAGUGAGAAUAGCUCUAAGAAAAACAAGAAGAUGCAUAGAACAGAGCAAAAUAAUUCUGAAAACAAUAUUGCUAGUGUUUCAGGCACAUCAGAAUGCAAGCAAAACAACCAGAAACUUGACAGUUCUAUAGUCAGGAGCAAUGCAAGUGAAAAUCAUUCUGGGAAAAGUAAAAAGAAAAAUAAAAACAAACCAGAUGCAGUACAUAACAAACAAAAGCAAAAUUUAAAACGCAAAUUAGAAGAUACUGCAAGUAGUAAUCCAGUACCAAAGAAAAAGAAGAAAAAGAAAAAUAAAUCAGCGGCCAAUGUAAACAAUUUGGAGAAAAAUCAGAACAAGAAAGGUUUGAAUGUAUCCAAGAAGAAUAAGCAAAACCAAUCCAAGGCUUCAGAUAAUCCUUACAGCAAUUUAUCUGAUGAGCGGCUAAAAGCGUAUGGAUUGAACCCUAAGAAAUAUAAAGGAUUUAUGAAAUAUAAAAAGUAUUAAGUCUUUUUUUAAUGUUUUAAUAUAUGUUACUUAUGUAAAUAAAUAGUUAUACUUGUUAUAU